AUCACCAUCUUUGAGAUCAAGGAGCCUCUUACGCCAUCUACUGUGGGCCCUUUCAAACAGAUAUUGAAAAAGGUGCUCAAUGAUAUUUUGUCAAAAACCAGCGAGGAAAAUCGCGCGCUGAUAGUUGAUCACCUUUUUGUCAAUUGCUGGGAAAAGAUCCGAAAUGUCGGGUAUGGAGCAUCCAUGGAAUCCCCGCUUCCAUAUCCCAUCCCAUAUUCGAUGGCAAAUACACCAAGAGAGGGCAGCAGCUUUGGAAACCAGAUGUUCGCGAUUGCGAUUUCGAUAAAGUUUUACCUUGAAAACGAGAUGAAAGGUCUCAGUGAGCCGCCUUUGUUGUUUACAGAGAAAAAUAUUUAUUCUGCCCUGGAGCUCUAUUAUGAUUAUGAGGAACUAGAAGAAAUCAAGAGGGAAACCAAGUCAUCUGUUUUGGGGCUCUUCAAGCUUUUGAGGGAAAAAAUAUAUCAAAAUAAUGAUAAUCUCAAAGUCUUUUUGAGGAAUGUAGUAAUCGAAGGUAUCAAGACAUCUCCUCAUCAGAUCGUAUCAUCUGCCAUUGAAUUUAUCUUGUCUUGCACUCAGAUCCUUGCAUACAGCGGCACCUUAUACAAUUGGAAGAACUUUAAAGUGAUCCCCAAUGUUGACAUUGAUGUCAGCCAGUCCUCUGUGAUCGAGAGGCGAAUCCAUAACUCGUUUGCCUUUCCUCCUCGACCUUGCUACACGAAAAAUUACCCCGAAAUUUACGAUUAUGCUACUCCCAUCAAGAGCCUUGGUAUUGCUAUGCGCAAGGAUCAUCAAUUUGAUGCUUUGAUGGCUUUUAUUUUGAAAUUUAACACAACAGCAUUGUUUGAUGUUGGAGCCAUUUUGAAGGAUUAUUCCA